UUUCUCUUUCCACCCGAGCGACCGCUUCUUCACUCAGAUCUGAGAAGGAGAAGAGGUAGAAGAAGAAGGAGAAGAAAAAGAAGAAGAAGAAGAAGAAGAAGAAAAAGAAGAAGAAGCAGCUUUCCGAGCACACCAUGCGCCUCCACACACAGCGUGUCUGAGGAAGGAGAGAACGGAGUCGGAUCUUCUGCUUCGUGUUCCUCUGACUUCACUGCUGGGAUGUGCUGUGAUUGAAGGAUCUGCCCUGCUGUUACACACACACUCACGUCAAUCGUCGUGGGAUCUCACACAUACACACACACACACUCGUCUCAGCAUGCUGGCUCUCCUGUUGUGUGCUCUGCUGGCUCUUCACGCUGACGCUCUUGACGUCCGUGUCCCAGAAUCCCCUGCGGUGGCUCUGUUCGGGACGGACGCCGUCCUCAACUGCUCCUUCUCAGGCGUCUCAGAGUUUAACCUGUCUGAGCUGAGUGUGUUCUGGCAGCUCUCGGACACCAAGCGUGCCGUUCACAGCUUCUGGCAGAGCCGCGAUCAGCUGAGCGAUCAGGAGGAGCGCUUCUCCAACCGCACCAGCCUGUUCCCAGACCAGCUUCCGGCCGGGAACGCCUCGCUGCUGCUGAGGAGAGUGCGUGUGGCCGAUGAGGGCAGCUACUUGUGUUUCGUCAGGGUUCAGACGUACGGCAGCGGAGCCAUGCUGAUGCAGGUCGCAGCUCCGUUCUCCAAGCCGCUGGUCACCUGGGGCCCAGAGUCGGCCCUGAAGCCGGGUGAUGUGGUGGCCCUCAGCUGCGUGGCGUACGGAGGUUAUCCUGAGGCAGAGGUGCUGUGGCAGGACGGGGCCGGACGCAACCUGACCGACAACGUUACCAUCUCACAGGUGGCCAACGAGGAGGGUCUGUUCAGCGUGAGGAGCGUCCUGACGGUGAUCCUGGAGCCCAGCAGCACGUACAGCUGCAGACUGAUGCACCCGCUGCUGGGGGAGGAAGGGCAGGCGUCGGUCACCAUCAGCGCUCAGGGUCUGGUGUUUCCUCCGCUGGCCGCUAUGGCUGAACCGUGGCUCUGGCCGUGUGUUUGCUGGCUUCUGCUGGUAGCUCUGGCCCGCCGUUCUGCCGCAGGAAAUCAUGAGAGAGCUUG